UACGAACAAACAACCAUUCGCACUCACCCCAACUGGACAUUUCACUUCAAUUAACCUCGCACGCAAGUUUUGGGGAUGUGGGAGGACAGCGGAGUGCCCGGAGAAAAGAUACGCAGGCACGGGGAGAACAUGCAAACUCCACACAGGCGGGGCCGGGGAUCGAACCCGGGUCCUCAGAACUUGCAGUGCGUUGGCUGGUUGUAGUUUUCCUGUCGGAUAAAUACGUCAGCCCGGUGACGUCAUCUGCAAGCGACAGCGGCUUAAGACGACAAGAUGGCGGACGUGGUGAGCGUCGGCGUCAACCUGGACGCCUUUUCUCACGCCAUUAGCGGCAUCCAGGCGCUGCGUUCCAGCGUCAGUCGCGUCUUCGAGUGCCUGAAGGACGGCAUGAAGAACCGAGAGACGCUCGAAGGCCGCGAGAAGCAGUUUAUCGCCACAUUCCAGGACAACCUGCAGGCGGUCAACAGAGACCUCAACGAGUUGGAGCGCCUGAGCGGUCUGGUGGGUCGCCCGUCCGAGUCGCAUCCUCUGCACAACAGCGGCCUCCUCAGUCUGGAUCCGGUUCAGGACAAAACGCCGCUCUACUCGCAGCUGCUGCAGGCCUACAAGUGGUCCAACAAGCUGCAGUACCACGCCGGCCUGGCCUCCAGUUUGCUGAACCAGCAGUCGCUCAAGCGCUCGGCCAAUCAGAUGGGAGCCUCGGCCAAGCGACGCCCCAAAGUCCAGCCCAGCACCCUCGUCCUCCCCCCGCAGUACGUAGAUGAUGUGAUUUCUCGUAUCGGAAGGAUGUUUCCCGACAUGAGCAUCGAACUUUUUCGACCGAACGGAACGUCUGCGGUCCUGCUGGUGACGCUGGGCAAAGUGCUGAAGGCCAUCGUGGUGAUGCGUUCACUGUUCAUCGACAGAACUUUGGUGCGAGGCUUUAACGAGAACGUUUAUGACGACGACGGGAAGCUGGACAUCUGGACCAAGUCGCAGCAUCAGGUCUUCCAGAAGGUAACGGACCACGCCACCACCGCCCUGCUGCACUACCAACUGCCGCAGAUGCCCGACGUGGUCGUGCGCUCCUUCAUGGUCGGAAAACACCAAACUGCGGCACGCGCCGGCUCACGCUUGCUGACGUGCGUGUGUUCAUCUGAGUGUGUUUGUGUGUGGUUUUGGGUUUGCGUUCGGGCGUGUCUUUGUGUGCGUGCGUGUGCAGACUUGGCUGAGGAGCUACAUCAAACUGUUCCAGUCUCCGUGCCAGCGAUGCGGCCGCUUCCUGCAGGACGGACUUCCUCCAACCUGGAGGGACUUUAGGACCUUGGAGGCCUUCCACGACACCUGCCGCAUGUGACCCCUGACCCGAACCCCGCGCGCACUCGGUCGUGCUGUUAUUGCAACAUUUUGUUAGAGCGGCGCGGGCGCUUCGCCAUCUUCGGGUGGUCUGCAAUCUUCAUCCUCACGAUGGCAAAGGUUAAACGUUCCCUGAUGGAUUUGAACCAGCGCUAAUGAGGAAAAUGUCGUCGUCGUCGUCAUCGUCAUCCUCAUGGUGACCUUCCUGACUUAUUGAUGAAGAUCAAUUAGCGAGGGUCGUGCUGCUUUGGGCGCCGCGCCUGAACGCGACCUGCCUGCCGCGAACCUCCAGGCCUUGACUCCAGACCGGAUCAGACCGCAGAAGAAAAGAAAAAGCUCAAAUUUGAGAAAAAAAACAAAGAAACGAGGAUGAAACGAUUUGCAUUUGCAAAGUUGUCGCUGUAAAUAAAGUUGUGUUCAACGA